AUGGCAGCUGCUACCAUUCCACGAGCCUUCCUAGCCCCUGGACGAUCGGCAUUCGCUGUGAUCGAUCCGGUCACCGAACAGUAUCAUCGUUUGCUGGACCAAAGUGGUGCGCUCCAGCUGAGCACGAGUGGAAAGUCGGGAAGCUACUUUGCCAUUUCCUACGUAUGGAGCGACUGGAAAGAGACCGCAGCGGAUAAGUUCCCGAGUUGGCGACUGUUACGAGAGCACCUACUUAUGCUUGCGACCACGGACCUUGCGACAAACCUUCUCAAAGCCCUCACUGAUAUUGCUGAGAGAAUCCCACUCAAGCUGUUUCAACCGGAUCCCUUUCGGUGUUGGCUUGACUCAAAGUGCAUCGACCAAAGUUCACUGGCGGACAAAAUACACUGGAUUCCGCGCAUGAAUGAGAUAUAUUUUGAUGCACGGUGCACCAUCCUUCUGCUCAGAGACGUCGACCUUACGGCCCUUUAUGAGCUUUUGAGGCUUACGAAGUGUCUCAUAGCCGAGACCUCGCCUGAUCGAGGUUCUACCUCACAUCGAUGCUUGUUCACACCGAGUUGCAUCUCUCUCGUGGCAUCAAUCCCUCCAUCACUCGAGCAAGCUUGUCUAGACAGCCUGGAAGCCCUCUGGAAAGGAUCAUGGCGAAAGCGCGCGUGGAUCUUCCAAGAGAUACUUCUUUCUGCUCGAUAUAUGUUAAGCUGGGGAGACAAAUCAACUGUUGCUUACAUGGAGCUUGGGACAGUGGGACGGAUAGCAGCUUUCCUCCAUCAACGCUAUCCGGAGAAAGGUUGGCUGCACGACUUUUGGUCUUGGUGCAAACAGUGUCACUGUCUUCGAGAGUUUUAUGCGGAGAAACUCGAUAUGGAAGCGACCGUGUUGCAACUGGCCGAGCAUUUGGAGGCCACAGUCGCUUGCGACAAGUACUACGCCCUGUGCGGAAUCCUGGGUUUGAAAGAUGUUCUCUACAAUGCAAACCAUAGUGCCGAGGAGGCUCUCAACCAGAUACUCUCCGCUCUAACCAAACAAGGCAGGAUGGGCUGGAUGUAUGCAAUACCUCCUAGUGUCUCUGGGGCUGGCAUCACCUUGUCCAAUAGUUGCAUGGCUCCAUUCUUCUUGACACGCAAGAAGAGGCAAACUUCUGUUGGCUUUUACCAAGAGAGCUUCGUAUCUGAAGACUUGAUGGGCUUCACGGCGGUCGAGAUGGGAUUUGUUCAGAAAGUUGUUAGUCUCGAAACCGUCAUUCGGCACCUGGGCAGCAGCGUGGGCUCAUUAUACACGCAAGGAAUCAAGGAAGAGUCUUUUCGUGAAUUGUACGGGCAUUCGACCGUUGCAGAGCAACUCUUUCCGGCCAUCCUUCACCGAUUGGACUACGACACCAUUGGUCCAUUCCGCGAGCAUGUUCUCUUCAAUCGGCUACGAAAAGCUUUCGAAAUCACAGGGCCGUCAAGUCACCUGACUGGCACAGACACUGAUAUAAUGGCGUUCUGGGAGAUUGUCGUACGACUCUGCUUCGUUGAGACUAAUUCCUUCGAAUGUAGCGACCCCUUGGGCCAGCAACUAGUGCAGAUGUCUGCAGAUCGAGUGCAAAGUCUUUGCAAGAUGCUCGUGAGCCAGGGGUGGUGUGUCGUGCAUUGGCAAACCUACGAAAAAGAGCCCCGAGCCCAACUAGCAGUCACAUUACUGAACAAUCCUAGCGACGCCUACAAAUGGGCAGGCAGGUCUAUGUGGUGCGUCCGGACACAGCGAAGUCAAGAUUCUUUGUUGUUAGUCGGCAGCAGCGAAACGUCAAACGCCCCGAGAGACGAUAACGCGAGUCAAGAGAGUAUGGAGAGAAAACCCUCUACAACGAGCACACAGCUCCGCGAUUCAGGGACGAAGUUUUAUAGCAUAGCUCUACAGCUGCCGAGGCUCCAAUCACUCUCCAACUUUUCCCAUCCUGUGAGUCACGACAAUCCAGCUGAGCUGUAUAGGGAAACCUUAUAUUAUCCGAUAGUGGACGAUGUCAUCAGCACACUUGAGAAUUUCUCUACGUCGCUCACAGAUAAUUGGAAUCGAAAGGUCAAGUUCUUUCUAGUCGAACGGCGGAAAGGCAUUGCGAAUCCGAAACCAAUUGUUCACCACGCCGAUGCGCUUGUCGAUCUUGUGGGCCAAUUUGCACACUUGGAUAUCUUAUCGGGCAAUGAGCGCUCACCAGUUGUAUCAAACAGUGCGUCAGAACGUGAGAUAGACUCUCAAUUCGACUACCUUCGUUCCAUGUUUCCAUCUUUGGACCGAGACUUAGUCAGUAAUGUCUUCUACAACUCUAGGUACGUCCUGGCAACUGCUCAAUUUCGCUGUAAUGGAACUCUGAUGCGACGAAAUAGCAACCUAGAUGCCGCAAUUGAUUCCUGUCUGCAGUUGACAGAUGCUGGUAUGGAUCAAGCACACGAUAUAGCCGGAAGCGAAGAUCAACACGAUGAUCCUUCCUGCAAUUCUUGUAACACUGGUACAGCGCAGACUGCAGCACUCAUUGACUUUUCUUCAGACUCCGAAUCUGGACCACAGUCACAGGUUUUGAUUGAUCUGUCGCUCGAUCAUGUGAAGACCACCCCGCUGCAUAAUGAUGCGAUGACCUUCGCGGAGGAAGUGCAGGUUUCUGCCCACAGCAGGAGCAGCCAUUUGGAUUCGUUGAUAUAA